CUCCCAUUUUAGUUUUUAUUUACAUCAUACAUGAUUAAUGAUUAAUCAGAUUUACAUUUACGUGAAUGUUAAAUUAUUUGAAGCAAAAUACUAAUUUUGAUUCUACUUCCUUUAACUCUUCAUUACAUUCUGAUAUAUAAAUAUAUUUACUGAAUUUUUACAGUUCUUGUCAAUCCUAGAUUUUAAAAGAUGGUGUGCAUUCCAUGUAUUGUUGCUCCUGUUCUUUUGUUUUUGUGGUACAGAUUUAUUCAACCUAUUAUGCUGAAAUUUUGGAAUCCUUGGGCUCCUAAAGCAUCUAUUCAAACGUCGCAGGCAGGAGAAAAUAAAGACGCACCAAAAGCAGCAUGUCCAUUUUCAAAGACUCCUAAACCUGCAGACAAAGUUGAGUUAGAACCAGAGAUCAGUAAAGAGAUUAAAGUUGACUGAUAGAUGUUGCAACUUAUCUGCUUUAAUAUUAUGUUUAUUUUUUAUUAUUUUUUGUAUGAAACUCAAGAUAUUUUAUGUGUAUGAAUUUGUUUCAGCUGUAUAUAUGAAUUUAACUUAUUUCUGAAAAAAGUUGUACAAUAAAUGUAGUAAUAGAACAGAAA